UCGCCAAUUAAGCUCAUGAUCAAGCAGAUAUAAUAUUCUCAACGGCUAUUCUGGAACUCUCAAUGUGCGACACUUCUGAUUGAAACGACGUUUGAUCAGCGGCCAGGCAAAACUUCUAGAGAAGAAGAAGAGGAAGAAAAAUGCUCCGGCAUAACUCGCAGCACGCGCUUCUCCUCUUUCUCUGCGCCAUGCUGGCCAUCAACUUGCAUAUUCUGCUUCGGAUUAUAUUCCCCAUCACCGCCAUGUACAAGACGCACAAAUCUGCCUGGUGGGCAGCGUUGAUCGCAAGUAUUGCGGUCAAUGCUGUUUGGGUCAAGACGUAUCUGUACAUUUCAGAGGCAAAUGGUCUCAAUGUACCGGUGAAUGUUGUCGUAACGGUAGUUACGCCUUACCUGGCUGGGUGGUUGCAUGAAUAUAUUGCGACCAAAGGUGUCGUAUCAAACUGCAGCUCUUUCAGACGUGCAGUGGUAUGUAAUGACCAAUGAGGAGGAGAAAAAGAUCACACCCUUGACCGAUAAAGACGGGCAUGAAAG